AUGGCCGAUCAGCCUGAAUCGGCGGUGCGACCACCGUCUCAUUCAAAGCCGUCCACACCAAAUACCCAACCAACAGCAAAAGUCGUCUUCCCUAACCGGCUGCCGCCAAGCCCUGCAGAAACAGAUUGGACAGAGUCGGACAUCGAAUCAGGUUCGAUUUCUUCUGGCACAGAGCUCGGCGAUGACAGCAAAUGGCAGCGGCCAUACCCACUUCCACCAGCAGCAAAGCCUGUCAGCGUGUUAAUGGAGGACCUGAAGACGCCAGACCGACAUGUGCAACGAGACCCGCGGCUGAUUCGGCUGACGGGGGUGCACCCGUUUAAUGUCGAGCCGCCGAUGACAGAGCUCUACCAGGAGGGAUUUUUGACGACAAAGAAUUUGCACUUUGUAAGAAACCAUGGCGCGGUGCCAGAGGUGCAAGACGCGGACGUGAUGGACUGGGAUUUCUCGAUCGAGGGCAUGGUGAAGAAGCCGAUGAAGAUGACGCUACGACAGCUGCUUGCCGACUACGAGCAGCUCACAUACCCGGUGACGCUUGUGUGUGCAGGCAACCGGCGCAAGGAACAGAAUAUUGUGCGCAAGACAAACGGCUUCUCCUGGGGUGCUUCCGGGCUGUCGACAGCGCUCUGGACGGGGGUAGCACUGAGCGACCUGCUGGAGAGAGCGAAGCCGGUGCGCGGUGCCAUGUAUGUGCGGUUCGAAGGCGCGGACAAGCUGCCCAACGGACACUACGGGACGUCGGUCAAGCUCGCUUGGGCACGGAACUCGGAGCGAGGCAUCCUGGUGGCCUACAAGAUGAAUGGCGAGCCACUACCGCCGGACCACGGAAAGCCAUUGCGUGUGGUGGUGCCAGGGAACAUUGGGGGCCGCAGCGUGAAGUGGCUGAAACGGAUUAUCGUGGCGGCAGAGCCGAGCGACAGCUGGUACCAUAUCUACGACAACCGGGUGCUGCCGACGAUGAUUUCGCCCGAGGCGAGUGCAGACCUGCCGGACAUGUGGCGGGACGAGCGGUACGCGAUCUACGACCUGAAUACGAACAGCGCCAUCUGCUUCCCGGCACACGAGGAGCGAAUACAGCUGGCGAGAAGCGGCGGCGGCGGCCAGACGUACAACGUGCGGGGGUAUGCAUACGCAGGUGGCGGCAAGCGGGUGACGCGGGUGGAGGUGACCCUGGACAGGGGCCGGUCGUGGCGUCUGGCCGACGUGGAAUACCCGGAGGACCGCUACCGGCUGGCGGCAGAGGGCGAGAUGCUGUACGGCGGGCGGAUCGACGUGAUGGGCGAGCGGUCGACAAGCUUCUGCUGGUGCUUCUGGAAUGUGGACGUGUCGGUGGCCGAUCUGCAGACAGCAGACGACCUGAUGGUGCGCAGCAUGGACGACUCGAUGAUGGUGCAGCCGCGAGACAUGUACUGGAGCGUGCUGGGCAUGAUGAACAACCCGUGGUUCCGGGUGGUGAUCCACAAGGCGCAGUCGGGAAACGACGACAUGCUAUGGUUCGAGCACCCGGCGCCACCGCGAUCGACAGAGCACGGAUGGAUGGAGCGGGUGAAGAAGGCGGGCGGCAACCUGACGAACAGCUUCUGGGGCGAGAAGACCGGAGGCGAGCCAGAGGGGGAGGACAGAGACAUCGAGACAGCAGCGAGAGACAGACAGAAGGCCGAGGCGGCCCAGGAAAUCUGCAUGACGGACGAGACGAAGACCGGACACGUCGUCACGCUAGAGGAGCUGCAGGCACACAACAACGAGGACGAGCCAUGGUUUGUGGUGCAGGGUCACGUGUACGACGGAACCGAGUUUCUGAGCGGCCAUCCAGGAGGGGCGCCAUCGAUCACAGCAGCAGCGGCGCAGGAUGUGACGGAGGAGUUCAUGGCGAUCCACUCGGAGAAAGCAAAGCGAAUGAUGGCGGCGUACCAUGUCGGCGUUCUGGACAAGGCAGCCGUGGCAGCUCUUGGAGGAGGCGAGGCAGCAGACAAGGCAGAAAACGAGCAGCAGCGGCCGGUGUUUUUGCAGUCUCGACGGUGGAGCAAGGCACUGCUGACGGCCAAAACAGCAGUGUCAGCCGACACCAAGAUCUUCUCGUUCCGGCUGGACCACGCAGACCAGUUGUUGGGACUGCCGGUGGGCCAGCAUCUGAUGGUGCGGCUGCGCGACCCGGCAACGCGCGAGGCCUUCAUGCGGGCAUACACGCCGCUGUCGAUGGACCUGCCCGGACAGCCGGCUCGCGGCGUGCUAGACAUGCUGAUCAAGAUCUACCACGACAAACCGGGCCAGCCGGGCGGCCGCAUGACCCAGGCGCUCAACGCGCUGCCAAUCGGUCACGCGGUCGACUUCAAGGGUCCCAUCGGUCACUUUGCGUAUCUCGGCCACGGCUGCUGUGCCAUCGGCUCGGGCAAGGCCGUACGACACCGGCAGGUGCGGCGCUUUGUCAUGGUGUGUGGCGGAAGCGGCAUCACGCCCGUUUUCCAGGUCCUGCGGACAGUGCUAGCCACGUCCGCCGCCGAUGACCCAACCCAGUGUCUGCUGCUGGACGGCAACCGCACCGAGGCCGACAUCCUGUGUCGCGCUGAGUUGGACGCCCUAGCCGUUGCCCAUCCCGAUCGCUUUCGCGUCGUCCACGUGCUCUCGAGGCCAGAAAAGCACGGCAGCUGGACCGGACUCUGCGGCCUCAUGGAUGCCGCCUUUUUCCAGCGAGAAGUCGGCCAGCCACGGCCAGCCACGGCCAGCAACAGCAGCGACAACAACGUCCUCGUGCUCGUCUGCGGGCCGGAGCCGAUGGAGGCAAGCGUGCGGCAGAUCUUCCUCGACAUGGGCUGGUCAAAAGAGAACAUGCACUUCUUUUAG